AUGUCUUCGGAUGUAGCACUUGAUAUACCUUCGGAGACAAAAUCUCAAGGGGAAGAAACCACACAACAGGUGGAAUCGGUCCAGGACGAUGCCGCUGCAACGACAAUCGCCAACCAAAAUCCAGACGACAGGCCAACAAUCAACUCCAACGACAGCAAUUUAAGGAUACCACCUCUAACAAACACCUCUGUAGCUUAUUCUCGCCAGAGCACCGCUUUCAACAAGUUUAUCUUGUACGAAAAUCGACUGCGCUUCUACAUCAUCGCGUCAAAUGCGGCGGACUCUCGCCACCGCAUCCUCAAAGUCGAUCGAACUACCCAGGAUGAACUCGUCGUUGUGGAGGACGAAGCGGAAUACAGUGGAAAGCAGAUGAGCGCAAUGCUCAAAAUGUUGGAUGACGGAAACAAGGCCUCAGGUGGAUUGGGAAGGGCUAAAGUUUUCUUUGGAAUUGCAGGCUUCAUUCGAUUUACGGCUGGCUGGUACAUGAUCUUAAUUUCUAAACGCUCGGUUGUCGCACUGCUAGGCGGGCAUUACCUCUACCACUGCGAAAACUCCGAAAUUGUGCCUGUUUGCUUCAACCAUAAGGUGGAAAAACCUGCUGAGGAGCAACGACUUAUGAAUAUAUUCAAGCAAGUGGACAUGUCAAAAAAUUUCUACUUCAGCUACACUUACGAUCUUACGUCAACUCUCCAGUAUAACCUGACGGGCCCCGCACGACCCGUGCAUGGGAAUUGGCCCUUUAAUGAUAGGUUCGCAUGGAACUUCCAUAUGCUCUCCGUUGGAUUCCCGGAUCAUGAGAACCCGCCCCUCAAAAACCACUGGCUGCUCCCCUUGAUGCACGGGCACGUUGAUCAAGCAAAGCUCACGGUACUGGGACGUGUCAUCUUUGUGACCCUUAUUGCCCGGAGAUCGCGCCACUUCGCUGGUGCGCGUUAUCUGAAGCGCGGGGUCAACGAUGAGGGAAACGUCGCGAAUGAGGUGGAGACGGAGCAGAUUGUCUCCGAGGCUUUGACAACUCCUUUCUAUUACCCCGCGUCUCGAGAGGGCGGUGAUCAAAGGCGUCCGAGUCCCAAUUAUACCAGUUAUGUUCAGUAUCGUGGCAGCAUUCCAGUUUAUUGGACGCAGGAAACCAAUAGUAUGAGCCCGAAGCCUCCUAUUGAGAUCAGCGUUGUGGAUCCGUUCUAUACGGCUGCAUCUCGACACUUCGACGACCUUUUUAGACGUUAUGGUGCUCCAAUCACCAUUCUAAAUCUGAUCAAGAGGCGUGAACCUGUUCCCCGCGAAUCGAAACUUCUCGAUGAGUAUACCCAAUGUGUAAGAUACCUAAACCAGUUUCUCCCCCGUGACAAGAAGAUGGUAUACCGAGCUUGGGACAUGUCCCGCGCAUACAAAGAAAAGACCCAAGACGUGAUCAGCUACUUGGAAGACAUCGCCGAGGAAUCUAUUCAUAUGACAGGAUUCUUCCACUCUGGUCCUGAGCCAUAUUCACAUUAUCUUCAGAAUGACGCAGCAAAUACGAUUUCACUUCAGAAUGGCGUCUGUAGAACAAACUGCGUCGAUUGUCUGGAUCGCACCAACGCAGCACAGUUUGUCUUUGGCAAACGAGCUCUCGGACAUCAAUUGUACGCCCUGGGAGUUGUUGAUAGCCCCUAUCUGGCGUUCGAUUCCGAUGCAGUCAACAUGUUGACGGAAAUGUAUCAUGAUCACGGAGACACCAUUGCCCUGCAGUAUACAGGAAGUGCUCUGGUAAAUCGCGUGGAAACGUACCGACGAAUGCCGCAUUGGAAUAGCCAUUCACGCGACAUCAUCGAGAACAUUCGUCGUUUCUAUACCAACUCUCUGCUUGACGCCGAUAAACAAACUGCGAUCAAUCUUUUCCUUGGUGUGCAGACAGAAAGAACGAUUACCCAACCCCCAGUACGAGGCGGAUAUCAGAAGUGGUUCCAUGAGGAGCACCUUAAACCUGCGUACGUGGUCGGCGAAUGCGAUCAAGGGCUUCGAAACUUCGUCAAGACCAAGAGCGACUUUUGGGUGGAAUACUAUCGCCCGCUUUUAUUCACCUCUUUGGGAAAGCAUUUCGCAUAUUCUAUGAACAGCACGCUCAAGCUACCUGGGUAUGUGUCAAGUCAGCGGUUUGGAUUCUAAGGUAAAACAAUCCUCUCUAGGAAAACUGUGAAGGAUAUCAACCAAAGUCCGUUUGAAGCACAUGGCUAUCGUCAUGUGGAUCCCCAGGCAAGGAGUGUUGUACAGGGCGUCCGACGCUGGAUGGGUUCUCACCCUCCUGUAAGCACUAAGAAGAGUCAUGGCAAGGCUGCAUCACGUCCUGAAACGAAGAAAACAACCCCCUAUGUUCUCUUGGACAAACACUCCACCGAAGCAAUUGCAAUGCAGUUAUUGGAGCCCAACGUCUCGGAAUCCGAAGAGGCAGAAUACCAGGGGUAUAUCGAUCAAUGUCAGGAGUUGUUGGAUGCACCCUCGACCAUGGGAGAACGCAAAGACUUGGAGAUUUACAUCGCGGCUGUUCGAAAUGCAGGCGGGGAGGGGCUUGAUUGGCCAGAAGACGCUCCCCGAGAUUUGAUCGCAUACGUGGAGCGUGGGUCCCUCAAUUACAUCGACGGUAGCAAAAAAGAGCCUUUUCCAGUCACGUUCAAUUAUGAACGAUGGUUGAGUGGAGCUGGGCAGUUGUAAAAUUCCUUUUGUGUUUGCAUCGGAGCUAUUCAUUCUAUUUUGUCACGUC